AUGUACCAAGUGCGGAACGAAAUCCUGCGUAAGGCCCGUGAGUCUCCUCUUCAUUUCAACGGGAGGCGAGUGCUUAUUUUCCCCGACUAUACUACGGCAGUAGCGAAGAAAAGAGCUACAUUUGGCAGAGUUAAGAAGGAACUACAUUCAUGCCCUGGAGUGAAGUUUGGACUGCUCUUUCCAGCAACGCUUCAGAUCACGCUGCCUAGUGGGACAAGUCACAAGUUUGAAGACCCUGAUGCAGCCUUGGAUUUCGUGGAGAAGAAUAUUAAAAGUGUGGUCGCCCCAGACUCUGAUGCGUGGCGUAAUCAGGUGGUAUACACUGGACUGGUGUUCUCUGAGCAAACAAGAAUGGCCUCCUCUAAGCUGCCUCUGCUGCUGGUGCUGCUGGCCUGUGUGGAGCGCAGCCUGGCUGCUUCUUGUGUUGUUGACAGCUUCACGGUCAAAGAGGAUUUCGACCCAAAGAGAUAUGCAGGGAAAUGGUAUGCUCUACAGAAGAAGGAUCCUGAGGGCCUGUUCCUUCAGGACAACAUCUCUGCUGAAUACACCAUUGAUGACGAUGGCAGCAUGACUGCCUCCUCCAAAGGACGAGUGACACUUUUUGGAUUCUGGGUUGUGUGUGCCGAUAUGGCAGCUCAAUACACUGUCCCUGACCCUGCUAGUCCUGGGAAAAUGUUCAUGAACUACCAGGGGCUCGCCAGCUACUUGUCCAGUGGAGGUGAUAACUAUUGGGUGAUCGACACUGACUAUGAAAACUAUGCCAUCACCUAUGCCUGCCGCACCAUGAAAGACGAUGGCUCCUGCGAUGAUGGCUAUGCCUUGGUCUUCUCCAGGAACCCACGUGGGCUGCCACCUGCCAUCCAGCGCAUCGUCCGCCAGAAGCAGGAUGAUGUCUGCAUGGCGGGACAGUUCCAGCCAGUGCUGCAGUCUGGAGCCUGUUAA